UUCCCGUGGGCCUCCAAGCUUCCCAGCCAAGGGCAACCAAGCUUCUAUUGUUCGCCGGUUCGCAUAUAGAUACGGCUAUCAGGAUUGACGCAACGCGAUUGGCAGAUCUACAAUGCAGAUGCUUGCGCACCGAGAACCAGGGACACUACAGAUGGCCAACGGUAUCGCCUAGGCUUCAUGAAACAGGACAAAUACAUGCCUGUCCUAUCAGAGCGAUGGCUUCACCACUUGGGCCGUCGUCAGCAGGAAGCACGGAAUGAGUACGAGGAUGACAGCGUCAGGCUCAUGCUCAUCUACAAAAUGCCGCCGACUGCACAUUUAAAACGCUCUUCAGUAGUCCUGGCCUGAAGGGUCACUCUGCAAAGAUGCGUGUCUCAGAGUUAUUGUUACUCGGCCUCAGUAGCUUCGUAGUAGGCUCACCACUCGGCUCGCAUGUGCUCCACGAGAAGAGGGAUGCAUUGCCUGUUGCUUGGACCAAGCACUCGCGUGCUCCCAAAGACACAAUCUUGCCUGUGAGGAUCGGUCUGACACAACGCAAUCUGGAACACUCAGACCGUUACCUUGACGAUAUCUCGGACCCAGAAUCGCCAAACUUCGGAAAGCACUGGACCGCGGAGCAGGUCGCGAACACAUUUGCGCCGCAUCCAGAUACCUCAAAGACAACCCUUGAGUGGCUCCAGACUUCAGGCAUUAAUCUCAAGCGAGUCAAGCAUUCGAUCGGGCGCAAUUGGGUCGAAUUCUCAGCUACUGUUGAGGAACUCGAGGCUUUGCUGCAAACAGAGUAUCACUUCUACCAACACAAGGCGUCUGGUGGAUUCCGUAUUGCGUGCGAUGAGUACGGGCUCCCGCAAGCUAUCAAGAAGCAUGUCGACUUUGUCAUGCCCACGGUCCAACUUGAUGGUCUGCAACCCAUUGCUCAGAAGUCCGUGGCCACAGUCCAAGCUGCUGUCAAUCUCACCGGCCUCACCGGUAUCGCUAACUGCGCAACUCUGAUCACCAUCGACUGCUUGAGAGCCAUCUACAACAUUCCCGUGGGCAAGUACAACCACACUGGCAACCAGCUCGGUAUUGCGGAGUGGGCUGAUUACCUCUAUCUGCCGGAUCUCAAGACAUUCUUUGAGAACUUCACCAGCCCCAAGAUCCCAUCCGACGUGGUGCCUGAAUUCAUCUCGAUUGAUGGUGGAAAGGCUUCGAACCUUUCAUUGGCUGAGAAUGGAGAGGCUAUCGAGAGUGCUCUGGACUUCCAGACAUCGUACUCGAUCAUCUGGCCGCAGCACGCGCGCUUGUAUCAGAACGGCGAUUCCGUCAACGUCGACUCUGUUGGCACAUUCAACAUCUUCCUGGAUGCUCUGGACGCAUCGUACUGCACCUACCAGGGUGGAGACCAGCCUUACGUUGAUCCUGCCUAUCCUGACCCCAACGAUGCUCCUGGAGCCUACCUUGGUCCUCUACAAUGCGGCGGUGCUCCGGUCAGUAACGUGAUCUCGGUCUCCUACGUCCAGAUUGAGGGGGCCCUUCCUCAAUUCUAUCAGGAGCGCCAGUGUCGCGAGUGGAUGAAGCUGGCACUCCAGGGCGUGAGUGUCAUCUUCGCGUCAGGUGACUCUGGUGUAGCCAACAGGUACAACGCCGGUUACAACAACAGUUGUCUGAAUGCCGAGUUCGGCUACGUUGAUGAGAAUGGUUCGCGCUUCUCGCCGUCGUUCCCUGCCAACUGCCCUUACAUCACUUCCGUCGGCGCUACAACACUCCGUAACUCGUCCAUCUACGGUGGCGAGCAGGCUGUCGCCGGUCCAAAUGGUCCUCAGUCCUUCUACUCUGGCGGUGGUUUCUCCAGCGUCUUCCCUCGUCCGUCCUACCAGGACGAAGCCGUUUCAACGUAUCUCGAGAAGUACGCCCCCAACUAUGGCGAGGCGGUCUUCAACUCCUCCGGUCGUGCGUUCCCCGAUGUCUCCGCUCUCGGUCUCAAUCUCGCAACUGUAUAUCUCGACAAUACCUACGGCUUUGGUGGCACAUCAGCGUCCGCUCCUAUCUUCGCUAGUAUCAUCAACUUGCUGAAUGAGGAGAGGUUAGAGAAGGGCAAGAAGUCGAUCGGGUUCUUGAACCAGAUCAUCUACAAGCACCCUGAGAUGUUCAACGAUGUAACUAUUGGAAGCAACCCAGGGUGUGGUACUGAUGGUUUCCCGGCGAGCCCUGGCUGGGACCCUGUCACCGGUCAAGGGACACCUGAUUACAACAAGAUGAGGAAAGUCUUCUUGGACCUCCCCUAAGGUAUAACAAGACUGCUAUCGUUGUGGACUUGGCUUCAUUGCAAGACAUAAGUAGACAACGCAACGCUAGCUUACUAGUUCCGUGCAAAGCAGCCUGUCGAUACACGCCCCCAAUUGACACCUCCUUUCUCAAGUCCCUCCAUGCCUUUAAGUAUCUCA